AUGUCCCAUCCCUCAUAUAACCCCUAUGCCUCUGGGAAUCAAAGUUCAGCCCAGGGGCGCUAUGGACAGUCCAGUAUGCAGGCAGAGAGAGACUCUCAUAAGACAUCUCCUCAUCUUGGGCCUGGGUCCAGCUUUAGCUCUUCUGGAGUUUCAUCUGCGACUCCUGCAAAAUCUGGGGGAAUAAUGAGCUACAGGCCAGAAGGGAGUAAGACUUCAAUGGAAGAGGACAUAAAGAGGUCCAUAGACAUGCAUAUAAGCAGAGCCAGAGAGGAGGUGAGAAAUCAGCCUGUAAAAAAGAACAGUUGUUUUACCAGCACUCAAAGAGAUGAGUAUGAUUCUUCAGGCAAAGAUGUGACUUCCUACAUGUUGUCCUCAAACUCUCAAAGACCUCCUGAUGUUGCAAGUAGCACUAACUCCAUGGACUGGUUGCCAAGCUACAAACGGGAAACUGAGGAUGAUUCGUCUAAAUACUGUUCAUCAUCUGCUUCAUUGAGCUAUCUAAGCACUGGUGACGGUAGGUUUAAUGCCUCGAAUGAAAGAGAGCGCAAUGUGCAAUCCAUUCCAGGCUUAGGUGAUUAUGACUACCCAGUGCCAGGCAAACCUGUGGGUUCUGCAGAGUCUACUCGUCCCAAGUACACUUCAGAAACAGCUGUGAACAUCCUUAUGCAGUUUGGACUUGAAAAAGAGGACCUGGAACAUCUGAUCUCAUAUCCCGAAGAUCAGAUGACUCCUGACAACCUGCCUUUUAUCUUACGACAAAUCCGCAUGGAAAAGGCAAAGAGAUCUGCAACAGCAGGUCCAUCAAAAUCCUACUAUGAUCCUCAUUCCACCACAAGUAUGAGUGGAAGGGAAAGGUUGAGUACUUCAAGAGGGGAAGGGAUGCGUCAGGAUGAAUUGUCACCUAUUGUCCAACCAAGUAAAGUGAUUGAUUAUGGACAUACUGGAAAAUAUACUGGGAGCUUUGGGGAUGAAAUUGGAAGAAGCAGCAGUGGAGCCAGUAGUGGUGGAAGUGGAGGUACGCUGCUGAUGGGCUCCUAUGAUAGUAGCGGUCACAGUCGAGAACCACUGCAAAAAAGUAUGACAGAGGUGAAAAACAGCACCUUGGUUUCUUCCCGUGAUCAAGGCAGCUCUUUUACCAGUCAUGGCUCAAUGCGAAGCAGCGAUCCAGCUCAACAACUGCACACCCAACCGAACCAGUCAUCUCAAGAAAUCUUCAAAGGUUUCUCUCUGCCAAAGACAGACACAGACAUAAGACCUCUUAAAGCAGAAGUCACUAAAGCCCUUCCGUUGAAAAAUCCAGAGCCAGAUUGCCAUUCAGCAUCAAAAAGCCAACUAACUCCUAAUAUAGUUCGUAGUGUGCAUCCAAGCCGACCUGGCCUUGUACUCAUUGGCAGCAGCAGCAGCGACAGUCACAUCAAAGAAAAGAGUAAGACUCACGGGCAAGUAUUAAAUGUUUCUGAGCAGAUGAACAAACAGCAAAUGCAGCAGAAGCAGAACCUCAUGAAUUUCAUUCAUAUACCGCAGCCCGCUUCCACAAAGCAGCUUCCAGCAAAGGUAGAAGUGACAGGGAAUAUCCCAGUGCUGGCCCAGAUGCAAGACUACACUGCCGCUUCACCUAGGGUCUUUCCUCAUACCUGCUCUCUAUGUAACAAGGAAUGUACUCUGAUGAAGAGUCGUUCCCGUUCCUGCAGCCCCCGGAGCCAUCGUGACUCGGAGCGUAGCAGGGACAGGCAAAGUAGCCGUUCCCGCUCUCGCAGCCCCCGCACUCAUCGUGACUCGUUGCGAAGAAGAAAUAGACGAAGUAGCCGUUCCCGCUCCCGCAGCCAUAAUGACUCGGAGCGUAGCAGGGACAGACGAAGUAGCCGUUCCCGCUCCAGCAGUCCACGUCGCCGCCGUGACUUGGAGCGUAGGAGGGACAGACGAAUUAGUCAUUCCCGUUCUCGAUCACGCAGCCCCCGAAGGCAGAGACACAGAAGCCGAUCACGAUCUCCGUACAGCUCCAGACGUAAUCGCAGGUCCCGGUCUCAUUCUGACUCCUCAUGGUAUGACCGUCCUUCCUCUUCACGAUAUCGAUCACGCUCAAGGGGACGCGAGAGACGAUCCUCGCCGAGAAGAAGAGAUGAGAAACGUUCAUCACCAAGGAGAAGCUGGGAGAGGCGAUCGUCGACAGAGAGGUCAUCUCCUAUGCGAAAGUUGAGCAGCUCGAAGAUCUUGGCAAAGAAACUGCUGGAAACAUCAGCUCUCCAGUCCUUAUCAAAACAGUCUGACCUGGAGACUGUCGUCAAAACUUUGGCUCCUGCCCUGCUGGCUGAGCUAGCCAAGAUGAAGUCGUCCCCAUCAACAUCAUCGUCCUCACGUUCUGCAUCUCCAGAAUCAGUUAAAGGGAGGCCUAGCACAGAGAAGACCAAGGCUGCUAAAUCUUCCCCUCCAACCAUGGUGAGGCUACAAGGGAUUGUCAGUAGUCUCUCUCACAGUGAAGUGAUUUCUGCUGUGGAGAAAUUUGGAAAAACCAAGUCAGUUGUUUUGUUUAGGUCAAGAUUACAGGUAGUUAAAAACUCCCUGGCAGCUGUCCCCGAGGAGAUUCUCCUAGAGACCUAG